CAGAAAAACAGGCCAAAGAAAAAGCAAAAGGGCGGAGAACGCUUAGUAUCAAUAUCGGAAGCGAGCAAGUCCCUCCUCUCUCAUGCUUCCUAUUGCUCGCGCUAGCGACGACGACGACGAAGACGACGGUUGUCUCCGUAAUUGAAUCACUCUCUCCUCCUUUCCGCUACCUCACUUGGUGCUCCUCAGGAACCCUAACCAAAUGGAGACCGUCAUGGUCAGACCCUUGUUCUCCGAUUCUCCUCUGAACCUCCUGGUCCUAGGCGUCCUCUUCUAAAACAGGAAACCUUGACACGAUCGAUUUCCUCCCUCCCUCUCUCUAGCUCGCUCGCUCGCUGUGGAGAACCGUUGUUGGAUUCAAAUCCUCUCUAUCGUGAAACUCAAUCGAACUUUUCGCGUAUAGGUGAGCGCGGCAAGCAGUAGGAGGAGUAAGGGGAGCAUGGAAGGAGGGUCGGGUCAUUAUAACCCUCGCACUGUCGAGGAGGUUUUUAAGGAUUUCAGGGGUCGACGUGCCGGAAUGAUUAAGGCUCUAACUACCGAUGUCGAGAAGUUUUACCAGCAAUGUGAUCCAGAGAAAGAGAACCUGUGUCUCUAUGGUUUCCCGAAUGAGUCCUGGGAAGUCAAUCUCCCCGCCGAGGAGGUUCCUCCCGAGCUCCCUGAACCAGCUCUUGGAAUCAACUUCGCUAGGGAUGGCAUGCAAGAAAAAGAUUGGUUGUCUCUUGUGGCCGUUCAUAGUGAUGCCUGGCUGUUGGCUGUUGCUUUCUACUUUGGGGCUCGCUUUGGCUUCGACAAGAACGACAGGAGGAGGCUUUUCAAUAUGAUGAAUGAUCUCCCAACGAUAUUUGAGGUGGUGACUGGAGUCGCCAAGAAGCAAGCAAGAGAGAAGUCAACGGUCACAACUAAUAGCAGCAGCAAGAGCAAGACAAGUGUAAAGACGCAACCACGGCAACCAGAGCCUCAAACGAAGUUAACAAAGGCACCUCCAGCAAGGGACGACGAGGAGAGUGGGGAUGAAGAGGAUGAUGAGCAUGGUGAUGCACUUUGUGGGGCAUGUGGAGAGAACUACGCGUCUGAUGAAUUCUGGAUCUGUUGUGAUGUCUGCGAAAGAUGGUUUCAUGGAAAGUGUGUGAAGAUCACUCCAGCUAGAGCUGAGCAUAUUAAGCAGUACAAAUGCCCAGCGUGCAGCAACAAACGGGCGAGAGUCUAAAGAGACAGAUGAAGGAUGCUUUCGGAGCCCCUUUUUUGAAGCAGAGAAGGUGUACGAACCAGUGAGUAGGAUUGUGAUAUGGAAUGUUAUCAACUUGUUUAGUUGGCAUUCUUCAGGUGCCUUUUUUUUUUAUCUGACCAUGCAAAACUAGGUUGAAUUUUUCUGUUCCGACGGUUUCGGACUGUCAGUUUGUGUCAUUCCUGGUGCAAGAAUUGAUGCCCAAGUUUUGGGUUGAAUCCUGUCAUUAUUUGCUAUUGUGCUUCUUCUGUUUC